AUGAGUCGACUUCCCAAUGCUUUCAAGCCACUGGUCAAAGAUGACCUCAAGUAUAACCGGAAGAUUGAGAAGCUUGAGUAUGAUGAAUGUGACAAGAAGGUUCGAGUCUCUUGGAAGAACAAGUUCACCGACCGUGAAUUCGAAAGCGUCACUUACGACUACGCCCUCGUCGCUGUCGCAUUCACAGUUACCCGGAAAUGGCAACUUCCAGGUACUUUCCCCGAUUAG